GCCUUAUUAAUAAUAUUAUUAUCCUUACUCAAGUUACUCUUAGACUUUAGUCACUUUAGUCUAACUUAGCCUUAUAAAUUAUAAAUAACUUAUAGAGUUAGAGUUAAUAUAUUAUCUGAUUCUGAUUAUCAUGCCUUGAGGCUUGAUGAUUAUCAUCAUAAUCAUGUUGACAGUGAUGAUCAUGAUGCCUUGCCUUAAAUUAUCUUUUUAAAUUUUAAACUUAUCUACUAGACUCUCUAGUCAGUCUAGUAAAGUAAAGUAAGUAGAUCUAUACUACUUACUGAGUUACUCAGUUACUCUUACAGUAGACUCAAAUUUUUACCGUAGACUCUUGAAUCUUCACUCUAGUCACUCUACUAGAAAGAAUCGGUAAUUUGAAUCUAGUUUAAUAGUUAUCUAAAUCUCAUCGACUUUUCAUUUUAAGAAUAACAAACUGAAACUGAGCUGGCUACCCUCCUAGAGAUUGUCACUGAAAAUUCAGUGAAGUGGAGAUCUACUGUAUGCGGAGUACGCCUAAUAAAUUAUAAGAGGCUAAUAAUGUCCCCACUAAUGGCCUAGGCUAAUAUUAAUAUGCUAGUCCCUACUCUGCCUACUCACUGACUGACUGACUUGACUGAGUAUCAGUUGUGUUACCCACUCUGUAACUUGUGUAACAGACACGCUGUAGGCUGUAAAUACACUGCUACCUACCUACAGGCCUCUACAGGAUUUCCAAAGAUGCUUAAACUAAAUCUUGUGUUAUACUGUCAUUAGUACUGAGCAAACAAACAGACACUGGGAAAGUUUUGUGUCAGAAAUGUCUUAUACUUCACAAUCAGUUCGCACAUUAAAAUUUGCUGAUGAAGAGGACAAUGUUUUUAGUGAGUCACACAGUAGCCAGUCAAUGAAUGGAGACCAACAUGGGGCCAUGAAUUCAUAUUUGUCUCCUGGACAGAUUCCACGGAAAAAUUCUAAUCUGACUAAUCGAACAUUAACUGAAGAAGAUGAAGUGAUUGUCUUUGUGGACAGUCCCAAUAAGAAACUGUUUUGUCGACUGUGUGAUCAAGUAUUCAAAGAUCCAGUUAUUGUCAGCUGUGGGCACACAUAUUGCAAGUCAUGUGUUGCUUCAAGAUCUGAUGGAAUAUGUCCUGUUGAUGAUCAGAGAUUGGUCGUCAUGGUAGCCAAUAUAGCAGUGUCUGAACAAAUAGGGGAACUGAUGAUACACUGUAAAUAUGGUUGUUACUAUAAUGAAACAUUGAAGAGAUUUGUAGCUGAUUCCACAAAGUGUCCUUCUACUUUUAGGAUGAAUCAAAGAAGGGACCAUGAAAAUGAUUGUGAUUACAUGCCAAUAGAUUGUCCUAAUAAUGCUGGGUGCCCACCAUUGUUAAAAAAGGACUUAGAGGAUCAUUUACGUUCAUGUAAUAAUGUACACUGUCCUAACAAAAAAUACAGUUGUGAUUUUAUUGGAACACAAGAUGAGUUGGAAGAACAUUUGAAGUCUUGCAGGUUUGAAGGAAUGAAAGAGUUUCUCAGACUGACAGAUGAGAAAGUAACAGAUUUACAAAUGCAUUUAAAUCAAAAAGACCAAGAAAUUGAGUUCCUCAGAUCAAUGCUUGGUCGACUCUCGGAAAGGUUAGAGACCAUGGAGAAGAGUGUAGACAUGAAGCUAGAACUUGUUGAGCGUAACCACAGUAAAAUAAUGGAUGAAAUACUUGACAAUAGAAAAGAUAUUUCUGCUUUAACGGAAGAAAUGUCACAUAUCAACAUGAGGAUCAAUCUUGGUGCUACAGCUGGAGCUUAUGAUCCCAUAUCAAUGUUCAAGUGUAAAGGGACAUUUGUUGGACAUCUGGGUCCAGUCUGGUGUCUCAGUGCAAUGGGUGACUAUUUAUUUAGUGGAUCUACAGACAAAACAAUCAAAGUAUGGGACACCAGCUCUAGUUACAAGUGUGUGAAGACAUUAGAAGGCCACUCUGGCAUUGUGCUGGCUCUCUGUAACUAUGGCAACAAGCUGUUCAGUGGCUCCCAGGACUGCAAUAUAAUUGUGUGGAAUGUAGAAACGUAUGAGAACUGCCAAGUCAUCAAAGCCCAUGAUAACCCAGUGUGUACACUAGUUGCUGCUAGCAACAUGCUGUUCAGUGGAUCCCUCAAAAUUAUCAGAGUUUAUGAUGUCCACACUUACGAACUGAAAAAAGAGUUGACAGGUUUAAACCACUGGGUUCGAGCUCUAGCAGCUACUAAUGAAUAUCUCUUUAGUGGAUCCUACCAGACAGUGAAGGUGUGGAAUAUCAAUACUCUAGAAUGUGUUCGAGACCUGGAGACUUCCGGUGGAAGUGUUUACAGCAUAGCCAUCACUAACCAUCAUAUUUUAUGUGGCACUUAUGAAAACUGCAUCCACGUUUGGGAAUUGAACUCAUUCAAUCAGCUUGAGACACUCAUGGGACACAGCGGAACAGUGUAUGCUCUAGCAGUGUUGCACACAGCCUCUGGAACUAAAGUUUUCAGUGCAUCCUACGACAGGUCUCUUAGGGUGUGGAGUAUGGACAAUAUGAUUUGUACACAGACGCUGGUCAGACAUCAGGGGAGCGUGGCUUGUCUGGCAGUUUCCAGGGGCAGGAUAUUUUCUGGGGCCGUCGACAGUACCGUCAAGGUGUGGCAAUAAGAAGUCUGUCCUGAAACUAGACAAACUUCCAAGACAGUUGGCCAAUUGCUGAGCUGAUUCCAAAGAACUACAAGGGAAAUGAUUGGUCAGCACUGUGUAGGGCUUCUAGAGUGUCUGCAUUUGGUAGCCUCAGGAAUAAUUGUUUGAUUCAAUUGGACUUCUUAGACCAGGACUUUAUGCUUAAUAUAUAUAGACAUUUCUUUAUUUAUCAAUAUAUAUUUAUCAGUAUGUCCUAUAUAUUUCUAUGAAUGUAUUUUUUAUGCCUGUUAUAUUUACACUCUGGUUAAUUUUGUAAACCAAGCGAUGCAAACUGCAGUAUAUGAAAGUCCUCAUUGAAGUAUAUAGUCAGUUUUAUAUGUAUAUAUAUCUUAUUUUUAUAUUGUGAAUUUAUUUUUCUGAUACCUGUUGUUGGUGUAUUUACUUGAAUAGAAAGCUGUUGAAUAUAAUAUUUGUUUAUAUUAAGUGUUGAUCUAUAUUUAUAUAUAUAAUAUAUUUUACAUAUUUAGAACUCUGUUAUUCCAUUGUUACUUGUUUUCUAGACUUGAAGCACUGACCUAAGAAAUCUUUAUAACUGUGAUUUCCUCUGAAUGUUUUUUCUUUUGUAUGUUUAUAGUUAACAGUUGGACAUGGGGAAUAAUAGAUGAGUGAAACAGAUCAUAGUGGCAACGGAAAAGUCUUGCUAUGACUCUAUUGCAUUUUAAUGCAAGUUGAAGGACAUUAAUGAAUAUGCCCAACACUCUUAGGAAAUCUGCUAGGAAAAAAAAAGUUAUGUGCUGGCCACAUGAAUCCUAGGGAAAAUGGAGGUUCUUAAAUGUUCCUAAAUGUCUCCAAUAAAUAUAGAAACUGAAACUUCAUAACCUUCAUACUAAUCCACUAGUUGAAUUACUAGCAUAGAUUGUUCAGGUCAUAAAGGUUUUGUGCUUCUCUCACAAAGUCCCUCUAGUAUGUGUUCUACCCAGGGAACAUAGAAUGCCCACAGAACAUUGAAUGCCCUGGGAAUAUGAAUGGCCUCUUUUUUUUCAGUAGGUCUCAAAAUCAGAGAUAGUGAUGAGGUAAUUGUCAGGUAUGUCCCUUGAGUGUUAUCUGUACAGAGAGGUCUUAAAAAGUCAGUCUGUUACUCUUGUGUCUGUAAUGACUGAACUUGUUUUGUACAUAGACUGCUUUUGGUCUGUUUUUUUUUUUAAAGUAUCAAAACUUAGAGAAAUAUCAAACUAGUAAGAUGUCAUAGUAGUCUAGAGAAAUAUCAAACUAGUAAGAUGUCAUAGUAGUCUAUGUGAAUGUUAGGGAACUAAAUCAUGAUGAAACAAGUAGAUUAACUGGGCAAGCAUUGCACUAGUGGAAGUUAUUGGUUACGGUUUGUAUUAUAGAAGAGCUGGGUCUCUGGCUAAGAAUAGUGUGAGCUACCUACCUAAGGCCCAAGGUUGAAACUUAACACAAAAAGAUUACAAACCUACUAGUCUGUGUGUACAAAAUGGUCUGUGUACUGAACUUCAAUAAAUAGUUGUUGUUUUUUAUUUUGUUAAGGAUGUAAAAGAAGUGACUGACCAUGUGACAUAUUGAAGUCUGACCAUGUGACAGAUUGAAGUGACUGACCAUGUGACAGAUUGAAGUCUGACCAUGUGACAGAUUGAAGUGACAGACCAUGUGACAGAUUGAAGUCUGACCAUGUGACAGAUUGAAGUGAUUGACCAUGUGACAGAUUGAAGUCUGACCAUGUGACAGAUUGAAGUGACUGACCAUGUGACAGAUUGAAGUGACUGACCAUGUGACAGAUUGAAGUGACAGACCAUGUGACAGAUUGAAGUCUGACCAUGUGACAGAUUGAAGUCUGACCAUGUGACAGAUUGAAGUGACAAACCAUGUGACAGAUUGAAGUCUGACCAUGUGACAGAUUGAAGUGAUUGACCAUGUGACAGAUUGAAGUCUGACCAUGUGACAGAUUGAAGUGACUGACCAUGUGACAGAUUGAAGUGACUGACCAUGUGACAGAUUGAAGUGACAGACCAUGUGACAGAUUGAAGUCUGACCAUGUGACAGAUUGAAGUGACUGACCAUGUGACAGAUUGAAGUGACUGACCAUGUGACAGAUUGAAGUCUGACCAUGUGACAGAUUGAAGUCUGACCAUGUGACAGAUUGAAUUGACUGACCAUGUGACAGAUUGAAGUCUGACCAUGUGACAGAUUGAAGUGACUGACCAUGUGACAGAUUGAAGUGACUGACCUUGUGACAGAUUGAAGUGACUGACCGUGUGACAGAUUGAAGUGACUGACUGUGUGACAGAUUGAAGUCUGUAGUAUUGGUAGAAGUAUUGGUGUAGUGUGUCUGUUACAACUAUAACAAAAGAGUAUUGAUAGUUUCAAAGUAGAUGUAAUGGCUAGUAUAUUUGAACUACACUCAUUUGAAGUGAUGGUCACUAGUGCUAUUAGAUUAACAUUCAAGUUCAAAGUUGUAGCUGGUCAUCCAUCACUGUGCUAAGUUCGUAGUGCAGACAAUCUCAUGAAUACCAAGCAUUGCAAGCAUUUGCUCCACAAGUUCAAUGAAUUAGGAUUGAAUGACUGCAAUAGUUAGACCUGUGAGAUUUUCUAUGCAAUUAUUUGUUUCAUUUCUUGUUCUAUUUACCCAUAUUUAUUUUAUGAUGAAUGUUUUUAUGUUGACUUGCUUGAGUACUGACUCAUUGUUAUUGCUACUUUCUUUACAAAUGUUGAUCUCUUCUAUGUUAACCCAGGAGUUGUUUGCUAGGCAUUCUGGGAAGUGAGCAGAUAGAAGCUACUCCUCUUCACCACCUAAUCAUGUGACAAACAUUUAUAUACAACUCAAUGAUAAACAUAGUGGGUUCAAUAGCGUUCAUUGACAUUUGUUUGUCUCAAUGCCAUUACACAUGGCAGUAGUAGAAACAAGCCAAAGGCCUAGUGAGCAAUUUUUUUAUUGACAGUGUUGCCUUGAGUCCUGAUCUGGAGUAACCUCCAUCACUGGUUUGGGGGGGGGGGGGGGGGGGUGUGCAUUGGAAAUUUUUUGUUUCUAGUCUGUUUUCAUUUUGUAUGUUCCAAAAAUUGGGUAUUAAUAAGAAAACAUGCAUGGGCAAUUUUCUAAUGUAUUUUGUCUGUAGGUCAAGGUGUAUAUAUUGAUGAGAAUUUCUGGCUUUUGAAAGCAACAAGGGCAGGUUUUGAGAAGUGUAUGGGCGCCAGGCCACCAGAUCAUGAGAUUAGUUGUGUUCAUCGCUGCAGUAGUUUCUGGUAGAUUUCUUUAAAGCCAAUUACUUUGACCUCUCCCUUAGUAUAUGAUAGUUUCAGUGUCCACUGAAUGUGGAGUACAAAGUAUCUCUCAGUAGUACAGUGUUGUAGCUUUAAAUUAGGAGUUGAUACAAAGGAAGUGGUGGAGUUUGAUCAGCACAUCUAUGUAGUGUAGUAUAUGACAUUUUGUAGCCUAGCCUAGUUUAGGACAUUUUCUAGCCUAGCCUAGUUUAGGACAUUUUGUUUGAUAAAUUUGACAUGCUCCAUGACAAAUGCGUUGAAACUUGAAGCCACCUACUACGUAACUUGUAGAAAGCAUUAAAGUUAACUCUGUUUUCAAACAGGAUUUGUCUCGCGAGACUCCGUGAAGUUCUUAGCUGGCUAUUUCUAGGACUACAUUUUGGAACGAUUACACAGGGGAGUGUACCGCGCUGUCUUUCUGCGUUCUCCUGGUUGGUUAAAUGCUCAUCAAUUGAAGCUGGCCGCCAGAACGUACAAUUUGUUUCAUUCGGCCAGCUAGAUGGUGGUGGUGAGACUCUCGGUUCUUGGUACAAUCAUCCAUUUAUUUCUCUAGUGUACAUUGGGUGCUUUGUCCUACUUUGUGCCACUUCAAGUGCCUGGUUGAUUUAUGAGACGGACUUUUCAUUCAUUGCUAGCCUUGUGGAUGUUACUUGCUGUAUCACUACUGGCUGAUAGCCAGGGAAGGAACUUAAUCAUGGGGUCUUACAAACAUAGAAGCAAGCAUUAGUCAUCUCUAGUUAAGUUGAUGUAUUGAUGCAUACAGGUGCUGAGACUGCUGCUUAUUUAUUUUGAUUGAAGAUCAUUUGUUAGACAUUUUUCUAUUAUUUUGUGUACCUGACAGAGUAAUGGUAUGUUUCCAGUUUAAACGUCUUGUCUUCAGAAUUGGCCAGAUUUUAGUCCAGUUCUGUUUAAACAAGUUUGGACCAUUGAGAAUCAGGUCAUUCAUUCGUGUUUUUUUUUAGAUACUAUUUGCUAAUUUUUACCUGCAUGUCAAAAUAUUUUCUCCAAAUAAGCGAUAAAUAAUCUUUUAAAUUUGUUUCAAGAGUCCAUCAUCUUUGACAUGUUGACAGAGUAGAACCUAAUGGGAAAGCAUACUCCUGUUUCACAAGCUGUACUUAUUACAAUGGUACCCUCCCAGAACUGCAUUAUUUUUUGUUUCAAACACAAUCCUGCAGCAAUUAUUUGGUGUGUGAAAGUGCAUCACCGGUUGUGUUCUCUUGGAGCUUCAACUGUGUCCAACAAAGAAGUGCUUCAAAUCUCUUUAGAACUAUUCACGUGACUAAUGUUUUCCCGAGUUUAUGAUCUACUGCUGUCCCUGUACCCGGUGUGUGCCUAGAAGUUAGUUGACGCUCUAAGAAAUAAACUGUUUAGACCAACUC